CAGAAAUCACACCCCACACCCAUGGGGCGGCUGCAGCUGGGUUUAUAACUCACUGCCUUGAAGCCAGGGGCUGUCUGCUCCGCUAGCUGGAGGCUGAGCUGGGCCGUCUCGACCCAGAGCUCCUGUGGGGCAGGAUGAUGGGGGGUCUCUGCUCCAAGCUGGCCACGCUGCUCCUGCUGCUGCUGGUGCUGCCGUCCUCAGCGCAUGGUGCUGAGAGUCAAGACCAGCCAGUGUUCAGCCGUAUCAUAGGGGGGCAGGAUGCACCGGAGGGUCGAUGGCCCUGGCAGGUCAGUGUGCAGAAAUAUGAUGACACAAUAUGUGAAUACCACCACACCUGUGGAGGAUCCCUCAUCUCAGCCCAGUGGGUGGUGUCAGCCUCUCACUGCUUCAAUCCCUCUCUGCCCUAUUCCCAGUACCAGUUAGUGCUGGGAGCGCACCAGCUCCUCAACCCCUCCCCCAAUCAGGUCCUGGCCGAGGUGCAGAAGAUCAUCCCCCACCCCAGGUACAAUAGGACGAGCUUCGUUGCUGACAUCGCCUUGGUGAGGCUGAAGAAGCCAGUGAAAUUCACGCAGUUCAUCCGGCCCAUCUCCCUGCCAGGUGCCUCCCGCCAGUUCCCCGUGGAGAAGAAGUGUUGGGUCACCAGCUGGGGACGGGUAGAAGUGACCGAGCCUCUCCAGCCACCCAAGACCCUGCAGGAGCUGGAGGUUCCCAUCCUCAGCACAGCAGCCUGCAACAAGCAUUACAACACACUGAUUCCACGCUCACCAGACCCAGUCAAAACCAGCAUGAUCUGUGCUGGGUACAUGGACAGCCCCAAGGGAUUCUGCAAUGGCGACUCCGGGAGGCCUCUGGCCUGUGAGCAGGGUGGCACCUGGUACCUGGCCGGAAUCGUGAGCUGGUUUAUGACCAGAAAUGUGAGUGGAAUCGUCUGUUCUCAUCCCAAGUUCCCCGGGGUCUUCACCCGGGUGACGGCCUACGACAGCUGGAUCCAGAGGGAAGUGGGCCCUUCUGACGUCGCUUCUCCAGCGCCCUGAUACUCGCCGCCCUCCUCCUCGCAGCCCUGUGAGCCACGCGCGGACCUGCCCCUGGCACUGCCAGGCCGACCCCCCUCAGGAUGUCUGUAGACCCCCCCCCUUGACACCGGGUGUGGGCCCCGCGCUGCUGGGGUCUGCGGGAUGCGGCUGGGAGAGGCUGGUGGAUGGA